AUGGCGAAAGCAGCGGGCGCGGCCAAUCCGGGCGUUAAAAGUGGAGUGAGAAUCGUGGUGGCCGGAGACAGAGGCACCGGCAAGUCUAGUUUGAUAGUCACUGCUAUAUCCGAUGCUUUUCCGUCGAAUAUUCCACCCGUUCUGCCUCCUACGCGGAUGCCGGAUGAUUUUUACCCUGACCGCGUUCCAAUCACCAUCAUUGAUACCUCAUCUAAAGUGGAGGAUGCUGGUAAAGUCGCUGAAGAAUUGAAGCGAGCUGAUGCAGUUGUUCUUACAUAUGCAUGUGAUAGGCCGGAGACUCUUGAUCGAUUGAGUACCUUUUGGCUUCCCGAGCUGCGUCAAUUAGAGGUGAAGGUACCAGUUAUAGUGGUAGGUUGUAAGUUGGAUUUAAGAGAUGAGAACCAGCAGGUGAGCUUGGAGCAAGUAAUGUCACCAAUAAUGCAGCAAUUCCGGGAGAUUGAAACUUGUAUUGAGUGCUCAGCAUUCAAACACAUUCAGAUUCCUGAGGUUUUCUACUAUGCGCAAAAAGCAGUGCUUCAUCCUACUGGUCCAUUAUUUGAUCAGGAAUCACAAACUUUGAAGCCCAGGUGUGUUAGAGCCUUGAAGCGUAUAUUCAUUCUUUGCGAUCUUGAUAGAGAUGGUGCCCUUAGUGAUGCAGAGUUAAAUGACUUUCAGGUCAAGUGUUUCAAUGCUCCACUACAACCUUCUGAGAUAGUUGGUGUUAAGAGGGUUGUGGAAGAAAAGUUGCCUGGUGGAGGAGCCAAUGAUAGGGGAGUCAAUGAACGUGGCCUUACACUGACAGGAUUCCUCUUUCUCCAUGCAUUAUUCAUAGAAAAAGGGCGCCUUGAGACAACAUGGACUGUCCUAAGGAAAUUUGGGUACAACAAUGAUAUCAAACUUGCUGAUGAACUAAUUCCUUCAUUCAAGCGAGCUCCUGAUCAGAGUGCAGAACUCACAAGUGAAGCUGUCGAGUACUUGAGGAAUAUCUAUGAGUUGUUUGACAGUGAUGAUGAUAACAAUUUGAGACCUCCAGAACUAGAGGACAUUUUCUCUACCGCACCAGAAAGCCCGUGGGAGGAACCUCCGUAUAAAGAUGCUGCUGAGAAAACUGCAUUGGGCGGGCUAUCAGUUAAUGCUUUUUUGUCAGAGUGGGCCCUUAUGACUCUUCUGGAUCCAUCUAGAGCGGUGGAGAAUUUGAUAUACAUUGGAUACUCUGGCGAUCCUACUGCUGCUGUCCGUUUGACAAGGAGAAGACGCUUAGAUCGCAAGAAGCAACAGUCAGACAGAAAUGUUUUCCAUUGCUUUGUCUUUGGACCCAAAAAAUCUGGAAAGUCUGCAUUAGUGAAUUCUUUUAUCGGAAGACCGUUUUAUGAUAGUUAUGCUCCAACCACUGAGGAAAGUUACGCCGUUCAUGUUGUUGAUCUACCUGGUGGGAUUAAGAAAACCCUUGUGUUGAGAGAGAUUCCUGAGGAUGGGGUUAAGAAACUAUUGUCGAAUAAGGAGUCUUUGGCGCCAUGCGACAUAGCAGUGUUUGUUUAUGACAGCUCUGAUCAGUCCUCGUGGAAGAGAGCAACUGAAUUGCUUGUGGAAGUUGCCAGCCAUGGUGAGGAUACUGGAUAUGAGGUGCCGUGCCUAAUUGUUGCAGCUAAAGAUGAUCUUAACUCAUUUCCAAUGGCAAUACAGGAAUCUACCAGGGUUAGUCAGGAUAUGGGAAUAGAGGCUCCUAUCCCCAUCAGUUCAAAGAUGGGCGACACCAAUAAUGUGUUCCGUAGGAUUGUAACUGCAGCCGAGCACCCACAUUUGAGCAUUCCUGAAACUGAAGCUGGGAGAAGUCGCAAGCAAUACAAUCGACUAGUCAACCGCUCUCUCAUGUUUGUUUCAGUUGGAGCUGCGGUUGCCAUUGUUGGGCUAGCAGCUUACCGAGUCUAUGCUGCAAGAAAGAACUCUUCUGGUUGA